GUUUUUCUUAAUACAUAUAUAUUUCAACGUCACUCAGCGGUCCGGGAGAAGCACCCAAAACGAAGCGCCUCUAAUAGAAUGACUCCGCUGCGUGUAUGGAAUCCGACGCUCUGCACGCUGCAGUUGGUGUUUAGUCGGCCGGGCGGCUCGUCCGCGCCGAUCCAGGCCGGCUCCCCCUAUCAGGGCACGUCCGUCAUUCGGUACCGCCUGCAGUCCCUCACCGAAGAAGAGGAGGCGGGAGUGAACUCGGUCGCGAGCGGCAACGACGUCUCUUCCUCGUCGUUCUCGGAGUACGAGGAGUUCCUCCAGCAUCGACGUGUCGUUGCGGCGAAGCACGCGCUGCACCUCCAUGCCCUUACCACCGCUGGCGGGCUUUACCAGGAUGCAUCGCCGCUGCAGGUGAUGAGCUACCAGGUUCAAUGCGUGUCGUCCUCGCCGUCUGGAGGUGGAAAGGGUGGAGUGCUGAAGGUGCUUGCCGUAGAGCAGAUGGACGCCGGUGCGGCUGCAUCGACUUCCAACAACGGGAACGGCGAUGCUGUCCCUGGACAAAAAACAAAAGAAAAAGGGUAACAUGAACAACAAGAGCAGCACGGCGGCGUCGAAUGCCGCUGUGGAGAAUGCGUCCGUGGACUGGGGCUCCAAGCUGGUGUUGUUUGAAAGAUGCGACACGCUGCCUCUCCACAGUGAAGUGGAACUUACCGUGCAAUUCACCGGCACGGUCCAGGCCUUCGAUCACGGCGGCAUCUACGCCGCCAGGACAGAGGGCACGAGCAACUCGGCGGAGGACCGAGCACUGCUCACCCACCUCGAGGUCCGCUUUGCCCGCUGCGCCUUUCCGUGUCCCGACGAUCCGCAGUACCGCCUCGACUGGCAGCUCAAGAGCGUACAACUCCCGGACAGCUACACAGCCGUGCUGACCAACGGUGAGGAGCAGGGGCGAAGGGCGUUGACGGCGCAACGAGCGGUGCAGCGAAGCUUUGCACCCUGUGGACCACUGCCGGCCUACUCCUUCUCCUUUGCGUGUUUUCCAGAGCCGCUGGAGGAGGUGGCAUCAACGAUGGCGAUUCCUGAGUUCGCUGGUGGCAUCGCAGAGGGACUGCAAAGUCAUGCAGGUACGAUACCCUGUGCCACGAUUCCGGUACGAGUGCUGGCGCGUCGUCAGGCUCGUAUCCCGGCGGCGACGCUGGAGCGCGUUCUGCACAUUACAAAGGAGGCCGUCGCGACCCUCCAGCAGCGCUUUGACUGCCCCCUGCCGCUGCUUCAGUGUCGCCAUUUAGACGUCUUGCUGGGGCCGACGAUGCCGUUCAUCUCUGGCAUGGAGCACCACUGCUGCAUCAUCCUCAAUGAGACGAUGUACCAAUCCGGGAAGAAAGCCUCAGGUGGUGGGGGUAGCGCAGAAGCGGAGCAGACAGAGUUGAUUAUCCAUGAACUGGCGCAUCAUUGGAUGGGCAACGCACUAGGGCUGCCUUUCCCAGUGAAGGAAGGUGUUUGUCAGGUGUUGGAGCAGUGCAUCGGGGACACCCUCUUGGGGAAGCCGAUGCGCAAAUUUAAGCCCGACAGCGCCGCCGUUGCUCCUGCUGGCGCCACAGGCAACCAAGAUGCUGCCGUCAGCACCAAAACCAACCCAAUUUCCCAGAUGAUUCAGGCCGCUGAGAAGGGCCACGAAUUCACAGGGUCGUCGUACCAGCAAGCCCUGAAGGCGAUUAGACACUUCGUCGCUGACAGAGGCUUCGCGGUGUUUGAACGCUCUCUCCGACACAUUGUGCACGCGCAAGUGUUACUCCCCACCAUCGCCGUGGAGGAGCAGGGCGGUACUCAGAUGCUGCGCUGCGUUGGUGGUGACGUGCCCCCUCCUCCGUAUUUGAGCACCGAAGCCUUUUUGCGCUCAAUGAAGUUGUUGUCGUCGUAG